CAUGCAUGCGAAGCUAAAUUUCAUCUCGUACCUCCGGAAAUCAGUCAUGUCUGCUGAUUUCAAGCGUCAUCUCAUUCUCUUUUGCGUGUCCUCCCUCUUCACCCCAACCAUCUGUUCUACAGAAACAAACGGUUUGAAGCAAGACGGGUUUCCUCUGGACAAGACAUUUAAGCAGCGUCACUUUUUAAAAGAACACUUCCAUUAUCUGAACGUAACUUCACUUGGAAUAUUCAAUUUGUACGACCUGUUAGACUGCGUAUUUAAAUGUAUUACAAAUCCGCUAUGCCUCUCGAUAAACAUGGCCGCCUCCAAAGAAGCAGAGGGAGAAGUUUGGUGUGAAUUGUUAUCUUCAGAUAAGUACAGAGACGCCGAGAACUACAACGAAAACACAAGCUCGCAUCAUUUUUCCUUUCAGUCUUCUUGUUCUUCUUCGCCAUGUCAAAACAGAGGAACCUGCAUCCCGAAUUACAAAUACCACUCUUACGAAUGUCUCUGUGAACAAGGUUUCGUGGGAGAAUUUUGCGAGAAAGGCUUAAAGUCGUGCAAUGAAUUGCAUAACGUCUACAGAUCUUAUGUCAGUCAACUGGUUACUCUCCGUGUGGACUCCAAACCAGUCUCUGUUCUCUGUCACAUGGGAGUUUUUGGAUGUGGAAAUGGAGGAUGGACGCCGGUUAUGAAGAUUGACGGAACCAAGAGCACUUUUCAUUAUCACGCAACAUAUUGGAGUGAUCAUGAAGAAUACAACCUCCCUGGGGGGAAAACUGGCUUUGACCGACAGGAAACUAAGCUACCCACUUAUUGGAACACAUCCUUCUCCAAGAUCUGUCUCGGUAUGGAGAUCGACCAACAGCUCAGGUUUAUUGUCAUCAACAAGCAGGCCGACUCUCUGUACUCACUGAUCGCUGAUGGCCGGUACCGAGCCACGUCACUGGGUCGUAACAAGUGGAAAUAGUUGAUUGGCUUUAAAGCCUCUUUACAGAAAAAGUGUAACAAGGAAGGGUUCAAUGCCAUUUGUAGUAAGAGUUGAUAUUCUAAAGCAAGAAUUGGUAUUGUUAGUUACAGCCAGAAUUGGUGUAACUCGUGUAACUCAAGGAUCGGAUUCGGUACAGGAGGAGUCCCUGACAAUUCCAUCACGUGUGGUAACAUGGCAUCCGGUUUUUCAAAUAUUGCCAUGGGAUACGUCUUGGUACAGUGAAGGGGAACUUCUGCAAAUUAAACCAAAAAUUAAUUUAAUCAUCAAGGUACAUACUUCUCGUAUUUCGAGAACAUUCCUUGGAUAUGGACCCACGUCAGUGUAAAUGUAAAGUUUUAUCCUAGAUCAAUCUCUAGCCAUUUUUUCUAAUCUCCUGCAUCGGAAAUUGAAGAUACUGAAAUUAUCUCGUGUAGAAAAAGAUUGAAUAAUAGUCAUUGAAAUCUCAGAUAAAAGUUAAGAAUCUGCCGUAAGUCACAAUUAUUAGCCUAGGGGGUAGAGGUGGAAGGGCCAAACACCACUUCCCCCCUGCGUUUCGACUGUCAAAUUAUCGUUAUAAUUCCUAAAAGAUCGAAAGGGGGAAAAACGGUUAGGAUCUGUGGCCUAAUUGUAUAU